CAAACUACACAAAAAACAAAAGAAAUCACACAAACUACACAAGACAAAAUUUUGCAGAGGAAAAUAGAUUUUGAAGAUCGAAAUGAUCCAACAGCGGCCCGAACUCAGUUUCCAGGCAGCAGCCAAAUUUUUAAGGGUUUGAGACAGGAGUUAAAACCAGAAGGCUCUGUACUUUCGGUGAUUGAGAGGCGGCCUCUUAGUAUGUUCUUUUCUCCCAGUAUACUUGUAUUUCAUAAACUGAGAAGAAUGCUCAUCUCCUACAAUGAAAGCUGAUUUUGGUAUUCUCGCUGAAUGCCCAUAAGAUAGACUAACACACCAUUCGCUGCCAGUAAUGACUCAGGAUGCCUUUCCCUAAUUAACGAUUAACAGUAAUUCACACACACCUAUAAGGGCUAUUGAUCGUGGGGUUUUAGUUGAACAAGUAGAUUUAUAGUCAGUUUCUAAAUCUUCCAAAUGGCGAUCGGAGAUACCUCAGAAGGAAACAAGACGACUUCAAUUAACUUUAGCAAGCGACCUUUCAUUGAGGAUGUUGGGCCUCGCAAAAUUAAGAGUGUUCGUUUUACCACCAUGUCUGGACCGGAGAUUGUUAAGGCUGCAGAACUGCAUGUUUAUGAAGAUCAACUAUUUAUUCAGCCAGGGAGACAACCACGUGAACAUGGUGUUCUAGAUAAUCAUUUGGGUGCCCCAAAUAAAGGAAUAUGCUCAACCUGCCAUGGGAAGUUUGCAGAUUGUCCAGGCCAUUAUGGUUAUAUAAAGCUUGCACUUCCUGUCUUUCAUAUUGGUUAUUUCAAGAAUAUUGUCAAUAUUCUACAAUGUAUUUGCAAGUCUUGUGCACGAGUUCUUUGUCCAGAAGAUGAGCGCAUAGUAUUCCUACGACGGAUGAGAAAUCCAAGAGCUGAGGUGUUGCAGAAGCGUGCUUUGUUGAAGAAAAUAACUGACCGAUGCAAACGUGUUCAUACCUGUACCUAUUGCGGAGAUUAUAAUGGUACGGUGAAGAAGCUUACCUCAACAUUGCGUAUAACCCAUGAAAAAUACUCAAAGGCACCUGAUGUCAGAAAUGAAUUCCAUUUAGAAUUAAAUGAAGCAGCAAAACAAAACAAGGAAAUCAGAGCAUUCAUAAAUAAAGUUCAGGAUGACCUUAUUCCUACUAAAGUUCUCAACCUUUUUGAAAGGAUGACAGAUGAGGACUGUGAAGUUUUAUAUCUAUUUGACAGGCCAGAAAAACUUAUAGUAACACAUAUGGCAGUUCCACCUGUGGGCAUUCGUCCUUCAGUUGUCACAGAUGGUGGAAGCAAUGAAGAUGACAUUACAAUGAAGUUAUCACAUAUAAUGAGUAGUAAUUUGGCAUUGCACGCACACCUGGAAAGCGGGAGUCCCCCAGAUAAAUUUAUGGAAACAUGGGAUUUGCUCCAAGUUCAAGUUGCCAUGUAUAUAAACAGUGACCUACCUGGCCUGCCUCCAGGUAUGCAGCCUCCUGGAAAGCCGCUGCGUGGAUUUGUACAGCGUCUCAAAGGGAAACAGGGUAGAUUUCGUGGAAAUCUUUCUGGAAAGCGUGUUGAUUUUACUGGACGGACUGUGAUUUCUCCAGAUCCUAAUCUUAAAGUUACUGAGGUAGCUGUGCCAAUAUUGAUGGCCUUGACCUUGACAUAUCCAGAAAGGGUUUCAUGCCACAACAUUGAGAAACUAAGGCAACGUGUGAGUAAUGGUGCUUUCAAGUAUCCAGGGGCGAAUUUUAUUGUAUAUCCUGAUGGUACCAGACUAUAUCUUAGAUAUGGAAAUAUGAGACGUCUGGCUGCAGAGCUGAAAAAUGGUUAUAUAGUUGAACGUCAUCUUGAGGAUGGAGAUAUUGUCCUUUUUAACCGACAGCCGAGUCUUCAUCGAAUGUCUAUCAUGUCCCAUAGGGCUAGAGUGAUGCCCUGGAGGACUUUGAGGUUCAAUGAGUCAGUAUGCAAUCCAUAUAAUGCAGAUUUUGAUGGAGAUGAAAUGAAUCUCCAUGUCCCCCAAACUGAAGAAGCUCGAACUGAAGCUCUUACACUUAUGGGGGUUCAAAAUAAUCUUUGUACACCAAAAAAUGGAGAGAUCCUGAUUGCAUCCACUCAAGAUUUCCUAACUUCCUCUUUUUUAAUUACAAGAAAGGAUACAUUUUAUGACCGUGCUGCAUUUUCACUCAUGUGUACCUACAUGGGAGAUGCAUCUGAGCAUAUUGAUUUACCUACACCUGCCAUUUUGAAGCCUAUUGAACUUUGGACUGGUAAGCAGCUAUUUAGUGUCCUUGUUCGUCCAAAUGCAAAGAUGAGGGUGUUUGUUAACUUGAUUGUUAUGGAAAAGAACUAUAGCAAGUCAGGUGAAACAAUGUGCCCAAAUGAUGGAUGUGUAUAUUUCCGCAACAGUGAGCUCCUUUCAGGACAAAUUGGAAAAGCAACAUUAGGGAAUGGGAACAAAAAUGGACUAUUCACUAUUCUGCUUAGGGACUAUAACUCUCAUGCCGCUGCGUGUUGUAUGAACCGGCUUGCUAAAUUGAGUGCAAGGUGGAUUGGAAAUCAUGGUUUCUCAAUUGGAAUAGAUGAUGUGCAACCUGGAACUCGACUCUCAGCUAAAAAAGAAGAGCGAAUACGAGAAGGUUACAGUAAAUGUGACAUGCACAUAGACUUAUAUAAUAAGGGGAAACUCGCACUACAGCCUGGUUGCAAUGCGGCACAAACAUUGGAAGCUGAAAUUAGUGGUGAAUUGAACAGAAUUCGAGAAAUUGCUGGCAGUAUUUGUCUCAAGGAGUUGCAUUGGCGAAACAGUCCUUUGAUUAUGUCUCUAUGUGGGUCCAAGGGUUCACCUAUUAACAUCAGUCAGAUGAUUGCUUGUGUUGGACAACAAUCUGUUGGAGGUCGUCGAGCACCAAAUGGUUUCAUUGACCGCAGUCUUCCACACUUUCCAAGAAAUGACAAAACACCAGCAGCCAAAGGUUUCGUUGCAAAUUCAUUCUAUUCUGGAUUAACAGCAACAGAGUUUUUCUUUCACACCAUGGGUGGUCGUGAAGGUCUUGUUGACACUGCGGUCAAAACAGCCGAGACAGGAUAUAUGUCUAGAAGGUUGAUGAAAGCCUUGGAGGAUCUCUCUACACACUACGAUGGUACAGUACGUAAUGCAAGUGGUGGGGUUGUUCAAUUUCUAUAUGGGGAUGAUGGCAUGGACCCUGUUAAUAUGGAAGGAAAAGAUGGUGCUCCACUGGACCUAGAAAGGCUACUAAUGAAGACGAAGGCUAUUUGUCCUACCAGGGGCUCACCAGCCUUAUCUGUGUCUGAGAUUUUAAGGAAAGCAGAAGAAAGGCUAGAAAUGGAUGACCUGCAGACAGAAGAAUGUUACAAAUUCAAGAUUGCAUUAUUAGAAUUUUUUCAAAAGCGUGCUGACUCUAUGAGAAAGACUAGAUCUGUGCUUGGAUUAUCCCCGGAUGCCACUGACAAAGAAAAUCCUUCAAUUAUAGAAAGAAUUGCAGCGGAGAUAUCUGGAUUAACACUGUGCCAAUUUGAGGUGUUUAUUGAAACAUGCAUUAAACGUUACCAUUUGAAAAAAAUGGAAGCUGGAGCUGCAGUUGGAGCCAUUGGAGCCCAAAGUAUUGGAGAGCCUGGCACACAAAUGACUUUGAAGACUUUUCACUUUGCUGGAGUGGCAAGUAUGAAUAUCACUCUGGGAGUUCCUCGCAUCAAGGAGAUUAUAAAUGCAGCAAAGAAUAUAAGUACUCCUAUUAUAGAAGCAAAGCUCAAAUGUGAUACUGAUGUAAAAGCUGCACGCAUAGUAAAAGGUCGAAUUGAGAAAACUGUACUUGGCGAGGUUGCUAAGAGUAUAAAGAUAGUCUUAAGGUCUGGACAGGCAUUUUUGUCCAUUAAGCUGGAUAUGAAGAGAAUAGACUCUCUUCAGCUUGACAUUAAUGCAUCUACAGUGGCCGAAUCUGUUUUGAGAGCUCCAAAACUAAAAUUGAAGCAGCAGCACCUUCGGGUUUUAGACCAUGAGAAACUGUUGAUUUUUCCUCCUGAAGCAGAUAGAAUGAAACUUCAUUUUGCCAUGCAAUCAUUAAGAAAAAUGCUUACAAAGGUGGUUGUGAAGGGUAUUUCCACAGUGGAGCGUGCAGUCAUUAACCAAGACAAGGGAAAGUACAAUCUAUUAGUUGAAGGUACAAAUCUUGCAGCUGUGAUGGGUAUUGAAGGAGUCGAUGGAAGAAAUACCAAAAGUAAUCAUGUUAUUGAAAUCGAACAAACACUUGGAAUAGAGGCGGCUAGAAGUGUCAUAAUUGAACAAAUAGAGUAUACCAUGAAGAGUCAUGGGAUGAGCAUUGAUAUUCGGCAUAUGAUGCUUCUUGCGGAUGUUAUGACAUUCAAGGGAGAAGUGCUAGGAAUAACAAGGUUUGGCAUUGCCAAAAUGAAAGACAGUGUCUUAAUGCUUGCAUCAUUUGAGAAAACCACGGAUCACCUCUUUGAUGCUUCCAUUCAUGGGAGAAUUGAUCAAAUUGAAGGCGUAAGUGAGUGCAUUAUCAUGGGCAUACCAAUGCCAAUAGGAACAGGUCUAUUGAAAAUCAGACAAAGGAUUGAAAAACUACCAGAAUUGGAAUAUGGCCUAGAGCCGCUCAUUUCAUAAAGACUGUUCCUUCAAAUGCCAUUCUUGAACUAGCCGAAAUGGAAUUGCAUGUUUGUUGAUGAUGUUAUUGAAAUAUCAGUUUCCAAGAAGCAAAGGAUUAUCAAUAAGGAUCCUUAUUCUGGAUGCAUUCAUAUUAGGCCAGAUUCAAUUAAUCAUGGGAUUUCACUGUCAUGGCCUCAGCAAUUGUUAUCAGAGAGAUCAUUUUCAUUGCUUUGGACAUUGAUGUCUACGGGGUUCUUGAAUUUUCUAUCGAUAUGCUUUCAGAAGCAUGUAAAUAAACUUUUUGUUUGACGUAAUUUAUUCAAGCAGCUACAAAGGGCAUAUGUUCAUGGUUCAAAUAUUCAACCAGAUAAAGUUAAAUGCAUAUGCAGGAGCCACAAGAGGAGUAUUUAUUUCAUAAUGUAGUGGAUUGAGAUUUGGGUCCUUAUACAAGAAAUUAGGUGCUUAUAGACAAGAUUAGGAGCACAUAAGCAUGCCAAUGUCAGUAUUCUAUUUAUCUAUUUGUUUAUUUUUGGGUAAAUAGGUUGCAUUCAUUGUUUGCCUUCUAGUUCAAGCACUAUUUUAGGGAAGUGCACCUUCUAGAUGCACCUCCAUUCCUAUUUUGGUAAUCUUGGUCCUUGGACCUUAGGAGGACAGAUAUCAUCUACUGGGUUUCAAAAUGUGCUAAGAGGCUUCUGCCAAAAGUUGAAAGCUGUAAAUUUAUAAGUCCAAUUAAACAAGGAAAAUGUCAGCAACUGCGAAUAAGAAAGAAGUGAAGGUCAUCUAUAGACCAGAAGAAAUGUGUUUUUGAGCUUAUUCAUAAAAUAAAGUAAGAAUUCAACAGUAUUCAUAUUUA